AUGCUGGGUCAUGGCGGCUUCAUGCUGAUCUUCAGCAUCCUCCCCCCGGCGGCGGUGCGCAUUCUCCGCCUCGCCACCGGCAUGCAGCAGGGGUCCGACAGCUCGGACGAAGCCGGCGGCGGGGGCCUGGCCGAUUUUGACCCCGACGCCUCGGGGCCGGACCCGCAGCAGGCCCCGGGCGGCGGCGGCGGCGGCACGCUGUCCGGCUCGCGCGACUCGCUGGCCCGCGCGCGCGCCUCCAAGUCCGCCAAGAUCGACGCCUCGCUGGACCAGCUCCGCACCGGGGCCGGCCUCGGUGGCAUCCGGGGCAUCCUCUGCUCGUGCGUGCUGCUGGCCCUGUACAUGCUCGGUCCCGCGGCCCUGCCAUUGCACUUCGCGGUCCAGCCACAGGCGGAGCAGGUGCUCGGUCGGCUGCGCGGGCAAUUCGGCUCGCACGGGGCCAUCAUCGGCUAUUUCAAUGUCAAGUACCACCAGUGGAACCGGGCCCCGGUGCUGGCGCUGGCCGCCCUGGACCGGGUGCUGGACUCGGUGCAGCCGGCCCUCGGGCGGAUCACCUCGUCCUUCAGCCGCCGCGACCCCGGGGCCGAGACCCUGCUGGCGGCCAUGGCCAUCCGCGAUGUGUCCCUGUGGGAGCGCAUCUGGACCCUGGCCGCGUGCCACUUCUCCGGCGAGGUGGUGGCCCCGGCGUCGCGCGGCUCCGGCCCCGGCCAGCCGGCCCUGCUGGCGGCGUACGAAUGCUCGGUGCGGCUGUUCUACGAGAGCACCUGGAGCCGGUGUGUCUAUUCCUACCUGGCGGCGGUGUGCCUGGCGUGUUUGCCGGACCCGGCCGGGGCCAAUGCCGCCAUGGCGUACCGGCCGCCGACCAAGCUGCUGGACCGCCAUGGCCCGGUGUUCGACACGCCGGUCCAGUGGCUCGAGCGGUCGACCGCAUAUCGACAGAAGUUCGCCGGCCGGAGCCUGGCCUUCGAGAAGUUCGUCAUUCGCCGGGGCCGGUCAUUGUUGAAGGUCCUCCGCCGGCCGGCGGAGGCCGGUGGCGCGGGCUUCUUCCGUCUGGAUGCCGGGGCGGCCCGGCCGUCCGAUGCCCCGGCCGGGCUCAGCUACGCUGCCAUCUGCCUGGUGGAGGUGAUGGCCCUCUUCGGCUUUAUGCCGGGCUUCCUGCCGCUCGAGGCGGUGGCUCGCCUGCAGGAGCAGCUCGAGGGUCCGCAUGUCAUGCUGGCGGGCCUGCUGCAACAGCAGCCACAGCAGCAGCCACAGCAGCCGCCGCCGCCGCCGCCGCAGCAGCCGCAGGCGCCCUCGACCUGCUCCCCCGAUGAGGCCGGCACCUCGCGGGGCCACCUGCGUGAUGACUAUGCCCGGGUGUCGUACCUCCGGACACUGCUGCUGCUGGAGCAGCUCCGGGCCACACCGGCCACCGGCCACCCGGCCACGGUGGCCGAGUUGACGGUUCGCAUCACCGGCCUGCUGCAUUCCGUGCGGAAGGUCCUCUCCCGGGCGGACACGCCGUACGAGUUUGCCCUGCUGGCGGCGAUGUUGCCGGCGGGGUCGUCAUCCUCCGCCGCGGGCCCUGGCCCGGGGGCCGGGGCGUGUCCCAUCGAUCGGGAAGUUCGCGCCAUGGCGGCGGCGGCGGCGGCGGCGGCGGCGGCCCAGCCGGCCGAGGCCCCCAGCCGUGGCAAGGUCACUGCUCUGCUUCAGCCGGCCCUGCUGGUGGUGCCCGUGUAUGAGGAUGACUACCUGGUCGGGGUGCUGCGACAGGCGGCCAGCCAAUUGCACAUCACCCUGGCGCAGCUGUCCCUGGACGGGGCCGAGCCCGGGACCGUCGGCGGCGGCGGCGGCGGCCAAGCGACCGCCCCCGGCCUGCUGGGGCCUUUCCACGCGCGACUGGCCCUGGACCACGCGCAGCGGGCCAACGAGUGGGCCGGCCGGCCGGCCGGCGGCAAGGCCGUCAAUCGCGACUUGCGAGUGGUCAGCCUGCGGGAUGUUCUCAAGUCCGCGGGGCCGAUGGCCGAUGACAUGGGUCCCGAGGCAGCGGCUGCCGCCGGAGGGGGGGCCGCCUGCUCCUCGGCAGACGGCAGCCCCGGGCCCGGGCCGCUGGCGGCGGAGUCCAGUCCGGCCGGCGCACCGAUGGUCAAGAAGCGGUCCUUCCUCGGGGGCUUCCUCGGGACGGCCAUCGGCGGGUUAAGCUCGGCCGUGGCCAGCAUGGCCGGCGUGUCGGCCGGCAAGAUGUCCCUCCACGCGCGGGUCAGCGUCUGGUGCAAGUGGGCCAUGCGCGAUCUGGCCGACGGGGUGUAUGGCUCGGUGUCCAAGAGCCUGCUGGUGUGAGCAGCGCGCGCGCGCGCGCGUGCGUGC